CAGCCGCCCCGCAGAGCCUCGGCAGCAGCCGCCGGGGCCGGGAGGGAGCGAGGCGGCCGCGGCAGGUACUGAGUGGUUGCCAGGAGGAAAGAAGAAAACAUUUCCUGAAAACUUUGAAGUGGGCAUUUCACAGUAUUUUAACUCUUCUGAGAAUCUCAAACGUUUUUUGAGAUACGUGAAGGCAACAUAGGUUGAAACAGAAGAAGGGUCUGUAAUGGUUACUGCAGCAAGUUUUUUCGCGUGCAUUUGGAUUUGACCUGGACCUACUUUUCUUCUCACUGGAUGUGAAAAAUUGAUUACAACAGCAUACUUCCUUGGUCUUGAGGAAUUUUGUUCUACUUACAUCAUGGAAAAGCCUUUGCUUCUGUGUAUGUUUUCAUUCUACUGGCAUUUCCUAAAUGCUUUAUUCACUGUUGAAGCUCCCCAGUCACUCUACACCGUGGAACUAGGCAACAACGUGACCAUGGAAUGCACAUUUCCAGUGAAUGGGAAACUAAAAUUUAAAGAUUUAAGUGUCAGCUGGGAAAAAAAAGAUGAACUUGGAAAGGAUGUGUAUGUACUUCUCAAAGGGGAGGAAGACUUCAAAAGUCAGCACAGUGACUUUAGGGGGAGAAUAAAAUUGUUGAAAGAGAAUCUGAAGCUGGGGAAGUCUCUCCUUCAGAUCAUGGAUGUGAAGCUCAGAGAUGCAGGGCUUUACCGCUGUCUUAUUGACUAUGGGGGAGCUGACUACAAGACCAUCAGUCUGAAGGUUCAGGCUCCUUACAGAAACAUAACCAAAGGAGUGGUGAGCACAGGAGACAACGAAUGGAAGUUAACCUGUCAAUCAGAAGGAUACCCAAAAGCUGAAGUGAUAUGGCAAAAUGGAGAAUAUGAGGAUUUGACUGUUAAGGCAGAUACAAGUUAUGAAACUGGAAGUGACCAGCUGUAUCGUGUGACAAGUACACUCACAAUCAAAAACAGGACUCAUGAGAAUUUUCAUUGUAUCUUCUGGAAUAAGGAACUUCAAAAAAAUACAUCUGCAAUUUUACGCAUAGAAGAUUCAGCUGAUGAUGUGCUGCGGACUGAGAGCAGACGCUUUGUUGGGGCAAUUGUCAUUGUGACUGCUCUCGUUGGAUCAGUGCUAUUUAUUCUCUGCAUAAGAAAAGCUAGUACAAGUAAGGACAAGAGAACGUGCAUGGCUAACUCAUCAAUGAAUAUAGCAAAGCUGCCAAAAGAUAAGGAUACACAUGACUGGAGAGGUCCUCCUUUUGAAGAGGAAGAGUUGAAAUAUAUACAGAUUGAGAAGACCUAGAGAAAGCAGGUGAAGCUUUCUGAACGUUUGAUGGUUCUGCUAUUCUGUGCUCUGUGUAUUCAGGGAGAUACUAAUAUUUUGUUUUUAUUCUGUGGUUGCAACUUUCCUCCAUAUCAUUGUAACUCAGGAAAACUGCAGUGAAGUUAAUAGAAUUAUCAUAGCAUAGAAGGCCCUUGGAUUCAGGCCUCUGUAUAUGUGACUAUGUAUGAAAGUGUUUAUUUAAAUGUCCACAUUUCUGCUUUCUCAAUUUUAUGCACUUUCAAGGACACAUCCUAUUUAAAAAUAUCUUUAAGGUAAAGCACUUUAGGUCCAUGACCAUAAGGAAUUUCAUAGCUAAUUCUUAAAUUCUUAAAUAGUCCAUCUUCUGGACUUUUUUUUUUUUUUUUUUUUUUCUCAGUCCAGUGUAGAGAUUUUUUUUCCAGCUUUUAAAGAAUGUUUUCAAUACUUUGAUCCACGUAAAAGAUAUGGGUGCAACCAGAAAAGGUGCCACACAUACAGGGCAUUUUCUGUCUUAACUGUAGAUCUUAAAAUAUUGGCUACUCAGAGCUAAGUCUGAAAUGGGCAUUGUAACCUUCUUGACAACUGUGAUUGGGAAAUUAUUAGAUAAUACUAAGCUCCUUUCUCCGAAAAAGUUGUUUUGGAGAUCGAAUUUCCUUCUGAUAUAGCUGGCACUACUUGGUUACUGCUUGUUACUCUUCUGAUUUACCAUUUGGGGAUAAUGCAACUCUUUGGACCUUCAGAAAGAGCAGCUCUUGAUUUGGACUGCCUUUUUUUCAUCCUGGAAACAGAAGAGAAACCUUCUGGCUGUCAGGACAUGAAAUGUAUGUUCUUGUGAUUAGUUCAGAAUGCUGAUGGAAUGUACUCCUGGGUCCCAUUUCCUAAGCUAUUGCUUUGUUACAUUUUUCAAGGUGCAUAGCUUGUUUGUUUGUUUGUCAUACACAGAUUAAAAUUAUUUAUUGCAGUGCUAUUCACAGUUAUAUUCCAUUAUAUUUUUUUAAUAAAAUAUGUUUCAUUUUUCUUGUG